AUGAUCAAAACAUAUAGCUUACAGUAUGUAUCUCAAGAGAUUGAGCAAAUGUAUCGUCAAUCAAAGCUUACUGGCCUAAAGUAUAGAUAAGAAUACUUAUAUGGAGUUGUAAGUGUUUAUCUCAUUCUUAUUAUUGUCAAAUAUAAAGAGUAUUAGAAUUUGACACCUUAAAUAUUUGCUGGUAUUAGUUUAGCAUUAAUAAUGAUUAUAUACAUUAUAAUGAGGAAAUACCAAUAAUAUAAGGAAAUAUUAGUUGUUAUUAAUUUACUUCUUAUGAGCGCUAUUUUAGAAAGUUUAAGACUUUUUGGACCAGAACCAAACUAAUGGUAUUAUGGAAAUCACUCAUCAAUUCUUAAAAUUUGUAUGCACAUUUAAUUAUAGUAGUAAUCUAUUUAACAGGUUCAUCAUUUAUUGUUUAAACAUGCUUUUUUAUUGCAACUUAGAUAGCAAGCUUGUAUAAUUUCGAAACUUAUGAUCUUUAAUUUAUUCUCUCAUAAUGCAUCAUAUCAAUUCUACUUGUACUAUUGCGAUAUCAGUAUGAAAUGAUAAACAGAAAACAUUUUUUGGCCAAUUUAUCCAAAGUUCAAUAUGAAAAUAUUUUAGAAGAUUUACUACCUUCAUGGGUUGUUAUUGUAAAGUACAACAAAUUAGCUGGUUCAUUAGAUAUUGAAAAAAUAAAUAAACAUAUGAAAGAAAAGUUUAAUUUGCAUAAUAAUGAAGUAUUAAGAGAAUUUUUGAGAAAAUUAGUAUUCUUUGACAUGCAAAAUCAAAAUAUUUAGUAAAUUAUGAAAAUUGAACAUGAUAUAAUAUAAGAACUUAAAUCGAAAAAUGAAGAUCAUCCAGUUCAUAAAUAUUUUGCUUUCUUAGAAAAAGAAGACAAGUCUAAAAUAUGGAGAUUCAAAGUUACUUAAGUUUAUUUUAAUUCUUUUCAACCGUAAAUUUUGUUGCUCUUUGAAGAAAUUGAAGAGGAUAAAUAUGAUUAAUACAUAAAUGCAAUUGAAUAAAGAGAUAAUUAAUAAUAUGUAAUACAUUUUUAUUUAUAAUAGUACAAUGCAAAGUUAAAUUUACAAUAGAUCAAUCUACAACUUGAAAUCAUUUAAAAAUUUUAUCAUGAAAUUUUGAAAUAUGAACACCUAACCCCAGUUUAAUAAAACUUAAAAUAACAAUUACAAUUAAAUUAUUUUCUUUACAAUUUGAAUAGCAAUCUUUUCAAUUUAUAUCAAAUUUGUUAUAGGUAAAUAAGAAGUGACAUAAGCAUCUUGUAAUUGCAAUCAUUUAUGAAUGAUUUAUGCCUUAAUCUUCAAUUAGAAUACAAAAAAAAUAAAUAAGAAGAUCAAGAUUCUAAUAUAAAAAAUGUAAUUUUCAGAACUGACAAAUAAAAGCUCAUCUCAAUAAUCAUGAAUAUAGUCUAAUUCUUAAAACUUCUGCUUUCGAUAAUUCACAGUGAUUCUACUAUUAUAAAUCAACCUUAUCCAUUUAAAAAACCAAUUAAACUUUCAGUAAAAGAAUCGAAGAAUUUUGAAAAUACACUACAAUUCUCAAUUAGCCAUCCUAAUUUAAAUAUUACCAAUUCAAUAAUUACAGAAUUAUAAAAUAUUGAAACAUUUUAACUGGAUGAUGAUAAGAGAAAUUGGGAAUAUAGAAAUUAUUUUGAUAAAAUAACAAGUAUAAACUAAACCUUACAAUAGAUGUUGAAUUUGUAUAAGAAUGAGAUGUCUUCAUUUUAAAUUAUUUAAAUUGAUAAUCAUAAAUCAAGUAAAACUUAAAAUAAUCUUAAUAAGUUAGAAUAUAAUACUAUAGGAUAUAUAAUAGCUUAAUAUUUUGUAAGUAGAUUAGGCCCAUAAAAUAGACUUAAUUUUAAAUAAACAUACUUAAACCCUGAAGGAUUUAACACAUCUUAAUUCAUAGGAAUAUAAUAAACAAAAAUAUAAUUUUCUAUCUAUAAAAAUUAUUUAAAUUUUAAGAAAGAAAUAUUAAGUGAAUAUAAGAAUCCUUUAGAAAAUAAUAUUCAAAUUUCAUCCUAAAACUUUCAAAAAUUGACAAAUUAAUAAAUAUUUUAGACUCUAUAUAAAUUAAAUGGUAAAAACAAAUGA